AUGGCGGGGGUGUGAGUCUUCAAGGAUGGGGUGGUCCGGCUAAUUGAGAAGCCCAAGGCGGAGGGGCGGCCGACGGUGCUGGUGUAUACGCCGACGGACAAGGUGACCACCUCGCACCUGAUGCUGGAGGAGAAGCUGGUGAGCCUGGGGUGGGAGAGAUACCUCAACAACCCCGUGCUUAUCCAGUUCCACAAGAGGUCUUCCUCAGUGCUGCUCAUCUCAGUGCCCAGGGAUUUCUCCAAAAUGAAGUCCAUGCACAUGUACGAUAUCGCAGUUAAGACCCGAAACGUGUUCGUGGUGAGGGAUGUCUGA